GCCAUUGACAGCAUGAACGUAUCACGGCUUGCCGGCUUGUUCGGCCUCCUCCCGGCCACAGCGUGGAGAUCAGCAAGAUCACCCCUUCUGUGUAAUUCUUUGAGGAAAACAAGUUCUUCUCAAGAAGGAAAGUCUGAACCUGUCAAACAAUCCCUUAAGAAGCCAAAGUUUCCAGAAGGUCGUUUUGAUGCACCAGAAGAUUCCCAUUUAGAGAAAGAACCACUGAAAAAAUUUCCAGAUGAUGUUAAUCCAGUUACCAAAGAAAAAGGUGGACCCAGGGGCCCAGAACCUACCCGAUAUGGAGACUGGGAACGAAAAGGACGCUGUAUUGAUUUUUAAGUCACAUCUUCUUUAAUUUCAGUAUUGUUUUCUGAGUAUAUCUGAAUUAACUUAGUUUUGAUUAUUUUCUUUCUUUGUAUCCUUUAAGUCAUCUAAUUUCUAUAACAUGUUUAAAAAUAUGUAUGAUGGCUUUGGAAGAACAUAUGCUGCUAUAAAUUAGGAAAGGGAAAAUAUUUUUAGAUUAGCACAUAUUAACUUUAACUCAAAUGUAUUGAGGUAUGUAAAUGGUGAUUAGAGCUGCAAACCUUUACUUCAUCAUUUUUCAGUUUAAAUUAAUCAGUUGCUUGUAAAAUGCACAUGUAAAUAAAAUUAUUUUUUUUUAAAUGAUCGUGUUAACAUGUUCUAGGUAAUAGUGGCUUUUUAAAUGUGAGUUAAAUAAUGCAUUAUAGUUUGAGGCCUCAGUAAUGACAGAAAAUCUUUAACUUGGAGUCAGAAUACUUGGGUUCUCUACUUAAUUACCUAUGUGACCUUGGGUAAGUUAUUUUAAUGUCUCUGUGCUUCAGUGGUUCUACCUCCAGGGAAGUUGAGAAGAUUAAAUGAAUAAAUACA